AUGCAGGUGGAAAUUUUGGGGAUGUUCAAUUUACAGGGGAGACUCUGCCGAAAUUUUGGGCAGAAAGUCUCGUGCCCUAAAUCCUCUCUGGUAAAAGAGGACAUAGUUUUAAGGAGUGAACCCGGCGUGGGUGUGAUGCCGGGGUCUCCGCAGGGUUCGUCUCGGGUUCCGGGAAAUUCGGGACGGGUCCUGUCAGUGGUUGUGGUAGUGGUGGUGGUGUGGAUGGCGGUUGUGGAGGAGGAGGUGGUGGUGGUGGUGAUGGCUAAGUAG